AAGAUAUUGGUACGCCUGACAAUUGUUGGUAAUGUUUCUCAAUCUCAAGUCAUCAUAUUCCUGAGAAAAGAUAUAUAGUAUUUUGUGGAAAAUGCAAAAUUUUUAUUUAAAUAGAUGAUUAUAAUUGAAAAUAAUAUUAUAAUCGACAUUAAAAAAAAAUUAUUACUUACUAAUCAUGCCUAAAAAAUUUGUUGGCGAAAACAGCAAAGCUGUAGUAGCUCGCGCUCGAAAAGCUGCUGUUAAAGAAGCUGAAAAUACAAGAAAAGCUCAAGAAGCUGAAGAUAGAGCAUGGAAAGAUGACGAUAAACAAUUAUUAAAAAAGAAACAAAAACAGGAAGAAACAGAGAAAAAACGUCAAGAACAGUUACAAAAGAAAGCAGAGGUCAAAGCGCUUUUAGAAAAGGAAAUAUCUUCCAUUAAAGUCGGUGGAAAACAACCUUUGGCAAAAGUCACUCGAGCUGAAAUAAUGGCAGAAACUGAAAAACGUAAUCAAGUGGUAAUGAAGAAAAAAGAAGAGGAAAAACCAAUUGAAGAAAAUUUGAAUAGAAUUAUUCUUGAGGGUGAAACAGCACAUGGAAUUGACGAAGCACUUUCUGUAUUGAGUGUAAAAUCCCCCGAAGUGGAUAAACAUCCCGAAAGAAGAAUGAAAGCAGCAUACACUGCUUUUGAAGAGAAAAUGAUGCCAAUAAUAAAAGAUCAAAAUCCAACAUUAAGACUUAGCCAAUUAAAACAAAUAUUAAGAAAAGAAUGGAUGAAAUCUCCGGAAAAUCCACUUAAUCAAAGACUUAUUAAUAGCUAACUAUUGUGCAUAUAAAAACGACUGAAUUUUCUUAUUUUGAAAUUAUUAUAUUGACUCAGGUUAUAUUAUCCUAAGGGAGUAAUUUUUAAAUAAUUUAAACUCAUUUUUUUUUUUUCUUUUGUAAAUUAAUAAUUUAUUACUCGGUGCUGUAAAGUCAAUAUACACUUUGGUACAACCGUG